UUCCAUUGAUCGCUCAGUCCAGAUCUGGUCUUGUACGAGGGAUAGAUUGUUUGAAUAGUUUCCCUUGUAUAAAUCUGUAAAUAUGAUCAAAUACAUAAUUGUAAUGCUCUGUUUAUCUGCAUAUAGCUUCCAGAAGAUAGUUGAAAAGGAACAGGGAGAUUGCAAUAUUGUGGAUAAACGUGUGUGUGACGGAACUGUAGCAAAGGUUAGACCGGAUGGGACCUCGAUUGUUUGCAAGGGUGGAAAAUUUCAGGCUUCACCUGCUAAAGGAAGAGUUGGUAAAAAGCUCGGAGGAGACGGAGAGAGCGGAGAUUGUGAAUGGUACGGCCAAGUGUACUGUGAUGGUGAUGUCGUUGAGGAUUUGUUUAUUUGGAAACACCAAGUGAAAUGUGCUCAGGGGAAAAUGUUUAUCUAUCACAGAUCAUUGCAAGAAGUUGAAUCAGAUCCCAGGUUUCAGGAACUUCUGAAGACCAGAGAAACCGAAGAAACUUCUUUAGAAAAAUAAAAUAAUAAAAAAUGUAA